AUGAUGUCAAUGGUUUAUAAUUGGCCUGCUGAACAGGUUGAUAUGAUUGUUGUUACAGAUGGAAGCAGAAUAAUGGGUCUUGGUGAUCUUGGAGUUAAGGGUUUUCCUAUCAUGAUUGAUGUUGGAACCAACAAUGACAACCUUCUAGAAAAUCCCUUGUAUUUUGAAGAAUUUUUGGAAAAUAUUGAAGAGAGAGAUGUGGACCGAGGUACCCAAGACAGGGGAAUGCAACUAUGCAAGAAGAAAGCACUUAUAGUUAACAAAGACAUAUUCAUUAGCAAGAUGUUUCUCAGAGGGGAUUCUGUCAUCAUUGUACUCAGAAAUCCCAAGUUGCAGCUCGCCGUCUUCGAAGCACGCACAGCCAAUCUUCUAUCCUUCUCUAGGGAGAUUUAG